AUGAGCGGCGGCGGUGCCGCCGGGGGCCGGGCUUCCGUCGCCGUGGGAGCGGUCCUGGUGGUGGUGGCGAUGGCGGCGGUGGCGGCGGAGGGAGCGAGCUGGUGCAUCGCGCGGAGUAGCGCGAGCCCGGUGGCGCUGCAGACGGCGCUGGACUACGCGUGCGACGCGGGGGCGGACUGCUCGCCCAUACAGCCGAGCGGGCUCUGCUACCUCCCCAACACGCUGCAGGCCCACGCGUCCUACGCCUUCAACAGCUACUACCAGCGUCGCAACUACGCCCCCGGAAGCUGUGAAUUCGCCGGCACCGCCACCACCACCAUUACCGACCCCAGUGAGCCCCCUCGCUUCCCCACACGUGUCUCCUCAGUUCCUGUGUGACGGUGCUUCGCAUCUGCACCUCGCUGGAGUCGUGUCGGUCUCCCGAAAUACGCUCUGAUUCAAUCGCCUGUCCUUAUUCACGUUCAUCACCAUCGUUGGUGCAGGUUAUGGCUCAUGCACAUACCCGUCUUCGCCCAGGUACCUCUCUAUCUCUCUCUCUCUCUCUCUCUCUCUCUCUCUCUCUUCCUGUAAAAGCCCAGUAGCUCUUUGAGAUGGAGGACGGAGAGGGUACUUGGGAAGAGGAAACAGGAAGAUAUGGCUGCAAAAGCACUGAUAUCCCCACCGGCACAUGGAACGCUUUAUCGUGAACUGCUCAUGCAGAGAGAUGGAGGCCGAUGUUCAAAGAGGCCAGCCUUGACGGAGUGUGCCCUUUGAAUACUUUAUCGUCCUCCUCCUUCCUUUAAGAUUCCCCUCGUCACCAAUGUUUUUGCUUUCAAGAUUCUUCUGAUGGGUCUCCCGGACCUCCGCCUUACAGCAAUGCCGGCGCAGCCACAUCGCCGGCGACGUCGUCCGCCACGCCGGCAAUGAACACCCCGAAAGCCGCGCCUGGUGCAACCACCGCCGCCCCAUCCACCACGACGUCUCCGAGCUUCGGCGGAGCGGGGGUCGGAGGGCUGAAGCCGGGCUUUGGGCCCGGAACGACGGACGCCACUUCCCCCGCCGCCGCCGCUGUUCCUCCGCUGGCGCAUCUACUCGCUUGCUCCAUCGCCGCCAUCCUCCUCGCUUAG